AUGUUAAUAUUUAUUUAUUGCCUGCUACCCACAAAGAUUUCUGUAAUAAAUCUUAAAUUUAUGAAUAGCAUAUUAAGACAAUCUAAAUAUUNUUUAUUUCUUUGGAUUAUUAUAAAUAAGGAACUUUGAAAAAUAUUUUUAAUAAAUUUAGGAAUCAUAUCCCAUUGAACAUAGUAAGGAAAAUUAUGGAAUAAUUAUUAAAUGGUAAAAUAUUUUUAUAUACACUUCAGGUUUGGAUCAUCUUCAUUCUAAUGGAAUUAUGCAUAGAGAUAUCUAACCAGAAAAUAUUAUAGUUACUAAUUUUGAUGAGAUUUAAAUUAAGAUUGCUAAUUUUACUCUUUCUGUUUUUGGUGAAUAGUUUACUAGAUUUUGUGGAAAAAAAUGUUAUGCGGCACCUGAAGUUGUUAAUCAUUUUAUUCAUACAAAUAAGUGUGAUAUUUAUAGUGCAGGAGUAGUAUUUUAUGAAUUGUUGAAUUGUAAACAGAUUUAGAGACAUUUUGAUCCUUAAAUUGCUUGCAUUGAAUUAAAAAAAUAAGGAUUAAAUGACUAAGCAGUAGAUUUAGUCACAUAAAUGUUAGACAUUGAUCCAAUCAGGAGAUUAAAUAUAGAUGAUUGCUUAAGUCACAAAUUUUUUACUGAUGAAGAAUCCUAAGUCUCAAAUUAGUAAUAUAUAUAAUUAUGAUUUAGUAAGUAUCUAUUAAAUAAGAAUUAAGUGAACCCCAAGCUAUCUUAAAUUAAUAAUUGUUGA